AUUGUUAACAAAUGGAAACCCAAAUUUGAGCCUCUGGAUAAAGAAUUCUGUUCAUUUAAGACGGUUAACCUCAUUCGUUUUGUCUUGCAAUUUUAUUCCCGUUUAUAGUUUAUUGUAUAACACAGCAAUGGUUUUAAAGAUUUCUUUUUCGCUAUUGUAUUUUAUACUAGCGGCUAGCUGUAUGCAUCCAAAUCUACCUGAUAAAGGAUCAAGUUCAGCUGCUACUGUAGGAUCAAGUACAGCUGAUCCUAAUGAUGCGGCCAUAGAAUACGGGUUCACGUUAUGUAGACAGAUGGCGAGCACCAGAUACAGAGAUCACUUAGUUGAUCGUGUAACAAGAUACCAAUUUUGCAAGUACAUGGGUGGCGAGGACAUAGAUUAUACUAUAUUCGAUACGUACUUUGAGAACUGUAGUAGAGUGGAAGAUGAAGGAGCAGAUUGGAUAGGUUUAGACGAAUUUAACCAACUUUUUAGGAACCAUAGCAUCCAAAGAGGCAUACCCCUAGAAGAAUUCGUUAAACACAGGAAUAACGUAGCGUUAGGAUUGUUACAAGCAGACAAAGCAUAUUGGGAAACAAUACGAAAAAACAAAGACUAAGAAAACAGGAUUAGCCCGACC